AUGGAUUUUGUACUAGUUCUUACCUCUAUCAUUGUCAUCCUAUUUGUGGCUAGUGCUUGGAAGAACCAAAACCAAAGAAAUUAUAAAAAUUUCCCACCCGGACCACCACCUUUACCAAUUAUUGGAAAUGCCCACAUCCUAGACAUAGAUAAACCCCAAAAUACAUUAAUGCAGUUGACUGAGGAGUACGGCACAGUCUUCAGUAUGCAGCUAGGAAGGACUAAAACAGUGAUACUAUGUGGUUAUGAUACCAUUAAAGAUGCGCUAGUCAACUAUGCUGAAUACUUUGGAGCAAGACCACAUGCACCAAUGUUUUCGGCAGCAACAAACGACUAUGGUCUUCUCUUUUCUAAUGGAGAGAACUGGAAAGUGAUGAGAAAAUUUACAAUCUCAACCCUACGAGACUAUGGAAUGGGGAAGAAAACCAUAGAAGACAAGAUCAUUGAAGAAUCUGAAUGUUUAAUAAAGAAGCUACGAUCAUAUGAAGGAAAGCCAUUUGAUGAUCUGACUAUUAUUAAUUCUGUGACAACCAAUAUAAUUGUGUCUUUCCUGCUGAAUAAAAGAUUUGAUUAUGAGGAUCCAACUGUACUGAAGCUUAUAAAUAUAAUCAAUGAAAAUAUAAGAAUUCUAAACACUCCCUGGAUUAUGCUGUACAAUUCUUAUCCAUUUCUGGCAAAAUUGCUGCCCGGAGCUCACAAUAAAUUUUUGGAAAAUGUUAAUGAGUUUAGAAGCUUUGUAAGAUGGGCAUUUACAAAACAGAAGAACGAGCUGGACGUAAAUGAUCAGAGGAACCUUAUUGAUGCCUUCUUAGUCAAGCAACAAGAGGGAAAGAAGGAAUCCACCGAAUAUUUCCACAAUGGGAAUCUGACUUCUCUGCUGAUAGAUUUGUUAGUGACUGGAACGGAGACAGUGUCAGCCACAUUAAGAUGGGCUAUUCUGCUCAUGAUAAAAUACCCAGAAAUUCAACAAAAAGUACAAAAUGAAAUUGAACAAGUUAUUGGAUCAGCCCGCCCUCAAAUGACGCAUAAAAAACAAAUGCCGUAUACAGAUGCUGUCAUUCAUGAAAUUCAGAGAUUUGCGGAUGUCAUACCGGCUGUUUUACAUUCAGCUACUCAAGAUUUUACCUUUAGAGGUUAUUUUAUUCCAAAGGGAACACAUGUGAUUACACUGGUGCAUUCGAUUCUCAGAGAUAAAAAACACUUUGAAGAACCAGAAAAAUUUGAUCCUGGACGUUUUCUUGACUCUGAUGGAAACUUCAAGAAGAACGAGGCUUACAUACCAUUCUUAUUAGGAAAACGAAGUUGUGUUGGCGAGAAUUUGGCUACAAUGGAGGUAUUUCUCUUCUUCACGUCACUGUUGCAAAACUUUACAUUACAUCCACUACCUGGAGCAGAACUGGACCUUAGUCCAGGACUUGGGUUUACAAGUAUCCCAAAGCCUCAUGGACUUUUUGCCGUGCCUCGUAUAUAG